GCUUUUUGCUGGAGACUGGACAAGCAGCUGUAGCCUCAACUCGCGAGACUGAAUGCGUGAAGUGAUAAGUUGAGGAAACAUGGCGACGUCAAAUUUGUUAAAGAACAAAGGUUCUCUACAGUUUGAGGACAAGUGGGAUCUGAUGCGCCCCAUCGUUCUCAAGCUGCUGAGACAGGAGUGUGUCACCAAACAGCAGUGGUUUGACCUCUUCUCAGAUGUGCAUGCAGUAUGUCUAUGGGAUGACAAAGGCCCAGCUAAGAUCCACCAGGCCCUCAAAGAAGACAUCCUAGACUUCAUCAAACAAGCACAGGCCCGGGUACUGAGUCACCAGGAUGACACGGCCCUGCUCAAGGCCUACAUCGUGGAGUGGAGGAAGUUCUUCACCCAGUGCGACAUCCUGCCCAAGCCCUUCUGCCAGCUGGAGAUCACCCUGAUGGGGAAGCAGGGGAGCAACAAGAAGUCCAACGUGGAGGACAGCAUCGUCAGGAAGCUGAUGUUGGACACGUGGAACGAGUCCAUCUUCUCCAACAUAAAGAGUCGUCUCCAGGACAGCGCUAUGAAGCUGGUGCACGCAGAGAGACUGGGCGAGGCUUUCGACUCCCAGCUCGUCAUUGGAGUACGAGAGUCAUACGUGAACCUGUGCUCCAACCCGGAAGACAAGCUGCAGAUCUACAGGGACAACUUUGAGAAGGCCUACCUGGACUCCACUGAGAGGUUCUACAGAACACAGGCCCCCUCCUACCUCCAGCAGAACGGGGUCCAGAACUACAUGAAAUAUGCAGAUGCUAAGCUGAGAGAAGAAGAGAAGAGAGCACUUCGGUAUCUAGAGACACGUGGUGAAUGUAACUCUGUACAGGCACUUAUGGACUGUUGUGUGAACGCCUUGGUGACGUCCUUCAAGGAGACGAUCCUGGCGGAAUGUCCCGGAAUGAUCAAGAGAAAUGAGACGGACAAGCUGCACCUGAUGUUCUCUCUGAUGGACAAGGUUCCCAGUGGGAUCGAGCCCAUGCUGAAGGACCUGGAGGAUCACAUCAUCAACGCUGGCCUGGCAGACAUGGUGGCUGCUGCUGAGACUAUCACUACUGACUCUGAGAAAUAUGUUGAGCAGCUGUUGACCCUCUUCAACCGCUUCAGUAAGCUGGUGAAGGAGGCCUUCCAGGACGACCCUCGCUUCCUCACAGCCAGAGACAAGGCUUACAAAGCAGUCGUCAAUGAUGCCACCAUCUUCAAACUGGAGCUGCCUUUGAAACAGAAAGGGGUUGGCCUGAAAACCCAGCCUGAGUCCAAGUGUCCUGAGCUGCUUGCUAACUACUGUGACAUGCUGCUGAGGAAGACUCCGCUCAGCAAGAAGCUCACGUCUGAGGAGAUCGAGGUCAAGCUCAAAGAAGUGCUCCUGGUGUUGAAGUAUGUGCAGAAUAAGGAUGUGUUCAUGCGCUACCACAAAGCUCACCUCACCAGACGCCUCAUCCUGGACAUCUCAGCAGACAGCGAGAUAGAGGAGAACAUGGUGGAAUGGCUCAGGGAGGUGGGGAUGCCGGCUGACUAUGUGAAUAAGCUCGCCAGGAUGUUCCAAGACAUCAAGGUGUCUGAGGAUCUGAACCAGGUCUUCAAGGAGAUGCAUAAACACAACAAGUUAGCACUACCAGCGGACAGUGUGAACAUCAAGAUCCUGAACGCAGGGGCGUGGUCCCGCAGCAGUGAGAAGGUGUUUGUAUCUCUGCCCACUGAGCUGGAGGACCUGAUCCCAGAGGUGGAGGACUUCUACAAGAGGAACCACAGCGGCCGCAAGCUGCACUGGCACCACCUCAUGUCCAACGGCAUCAUCACGUUCAAGAACGAGGUGGGCCAGUACGACCUGGAGGUCACCACCUUCCAGCUGGCCGUGCUGUUCGCCUGGAACCAGAGACCACGCGAGCGAAUCAGCUUUGAGAACCUCAAACUGGCCACCGAGCUUCCCGACGCAGAACUGCGACGCACGCUCUGGUCUUUGGUUUCCUUCCCCAAGCUGAAGAGGCAGGUGUUGUCCUACGAGCCCUCGGUCGGCUCCCCCAAAGACUUUACGGACAGCACGCUCUUCUACGUCAACCAGGAGUUCUCCCUCAUAAAAAACUCAAAGGUCCAGAAGAGGGGAAAGAUUAAUCUGAUUGGUCGACUGCAGCUGACUACAGAGCGAAUGAGAGAAGAGGAGAACGAAGGCAUAGUCCAGCUUAGAAUAUUAAGAACUCAGGAGGCCAUCAUCCAGAUCAUGAAGAUGAGGAAGCACAUCAGCAACGCCCAGCUGCAGACGGAGCUGGUGGAGAUCUUGAAGAACAUGUUCCUGCCCCAGAAGAAGAUGAUCAAGGAGCAGAUCGAGUGGCUCAUCGAGCACAAGUACAUCAAGCGGGACGAGACGGACAUCAACACCUUCCUCUACAUGGCGUAGAGUCGGCACACUGCCUCGCCCGCUGCUGCCAGCCCACCACCCCGGACCGGAGGAAGAGGAGGGUGGAGGAGGAGGAGAAAGAGAGGGGGGAGGGAGAAGUGGUUGUUUGGUCGGGGGAAACCGCGGCCGGCAGGAGUCGGGAGCGUGAAGAUUGUGGUUUGGCUGUCUGACUGGCAUCUUGUCUCUAGCGCCCUCCGGUGUUUAAGGAGGGGAGGGACAGCACACACAAUUGCCAAUCGCAGCUCCGAUAUGUGACAUUAAACUAUCCCCUGCCUUACCUUAGUUACAGACACACAGGAGAGCAGCCACGGGAAAGGACAACAGACUAGUCUAUACAGAUAAAGAGACGUGUUCCCUGGAGGGGACACGAGAGACUACUGGAUACCGAGGACAGACUAGUGUACCAAGGAGUGUAUUUUGCCAAAUCUGUGUGUGUGAUGGUGUGCGUGGUAGGCGACUUGCCUUGCUGUGUGUGUGUGUACCGUGACAGCAUGCUGCUCUGUGGAAAACGUGUUCAUUUGAGGUUCCGUCACAAAGUGUGUGUGUGACCUUUACCUCUCUCCUUUUGCCGCGACAUGUCCCCAUGGCGACAUUUUUGUGCCAGAUGUCAGACAUCCUAUGGGUUGUCAAGCAUAAACAACCAUUGUUACUGCAUGACAUCCCAUUGGCCCCUCAGAAUAAUGUGAGAGACCCCUGUCCUGUCCUGUAUGACAUCACAAUGACCUCUCGUCCUCUGAGACUGGAGAAAAGGCAUCGCUGGCACGUUCCUCUGUUGCGUAUCUCCAGUCAGUGUUUGUGUCUGCAUGCCUUCGCCCUGUUUUUAAUUUUCUUCUUGAAUCCAUUCUUUUCUUUUUCUCUCAGCUGACUUGUGUGUGUGUGUGUGGAAGGUCGGUGUUUGUUUCUAAGUCCCCGAGCUCCCAUCAAUGUCCUUGACUUUGACUGUCCACACCCCAGCCCCCCUUUUCACUCUCUUACUUUUGUCACGCCCUCCAAACACCCAGACUGUUGUCAUGGGUGUCAUCACAUGAGGGGUCAUGAACCAUCCUGGUCUACAGGUGAGAAGUGUCGCCAUGACAUUUCUCUUAUUCUUCGUCCUAAAGAAAGUGCAAUAUAAUGUUUUUUUUUUUUAUCUCACUUGACAGUGUUAGUUAACACCUCCACAUUAGUCCAUGUCCACUGUGGUGCUGCUUAGUAAAACUAAUGUACUGGCAGCCCCCUCACUCACAAGCAGACAGUGAGUCUUGGCAAACAAAAAAAGAUACUGUUACUUUUUCUCUUGCAGCACCGUGUUCAAUUCGCAAUCCUGUGAUUAUUUCCUACUUUGUGUUGUCCGUGUGGGCCAGUGUAAACGGGUCAGAGGAAGAGGAUGGAAGAACAGGAAUGUGUCAUGGCAGAGAGUGUCUGUUUUCUUAUUGCACUGAUGUCACCACUGUCCCUUGACUGCAGGGCGCUGGGCUUUCUUUACAGUAGCGCUCUUUGAAGUGACAGGAAGGGACGACCAUUUAGCGGUUGUACCCGUACCUCUUCUCAGUCGAGUUUUUGUGUGGAGAGACUAGACGGAGAAUGUGUGAGUUUGAAUUUUCCAGUUUUAUUUAUUUCAUAUUUAUAUCACAAUGUGAUUCGCUGUAUGAGUUAGUUUUUUCUUUGAGUUUUUCCCGAGAAAGGGUUUGUAAGAGUAGCUCUUUCUAAAGGGUGCUGUUAGUUAUGUACAUAACCACUUUGUGAGUGCGUUUUUGAAAAGAUGUCACUGAAAUACAGUAUGAGAGUAUCAACACUACUCCUCUUGAACUGCAGUUUUAUUAUUGCCAUGGAGGGGAAGUUUCAGCGUCGAACACUCUCCUGCAUGUGGUCGUCGAUGACAUCUGAAUGCAGCAAACGGUGUUGCAUUCUAUCCGUGCCGAACAAAUCCCAGAGGUUUUCACACUAAUAUAUUUCUAAAUAUCCUACCUAUCCUGUCAGGUCUGGAUCUAGCCUACACUACCUCUAGUCUAGAUCUAAACUACCUACAUUGGUGUGAUUUGCACAAGCUUUUUGCAAUCACAUUGUACACAAACAUACACACACGCACAGAUUGCCAAAAUUGUCUAAAACGAUCCACUCUGCCAGGAACUGCGUGAAGUUGUUUAUCGGACCGGUUAGUGACAGGAGAGGUUGAACUACCUGUAGCACAACUCCAGUCAACUGAAAAGACUCUCAGUUUACCCAGAUAUCCCCUCUAAAACAGUCUCUGGGGACUACAGUUUAUGCUGCUUUAUCGCUUGACAUUUACAUUUAGUCAUUUAGCAGACGCUCUUAUCCAGAGCGACUUACAGUAAGUACAGGGACAUUCCCCCGAGGCAAGUAUGUGAAGGGUGAAGUGCCUUGCCCAAGGACACAACGUCAUUUUACACGGCCGGGAAUCGAACCAGCGACCUACUGAUUACUAGCCCGAGUCUCUAACUGCUCAGCCACCUGACUCCCGCCACUGAAUGAGACUGUUUGGGCUUUAAAUGAUGAUUGCAGAGAGACAGUUCUUGGUUUUGUCGUCUUCCUUUACUCCAUUCUCCAAACGUUCGUAGAUAAGUACCACCUUCAGUUGAAUUUUCAGUGUUACAGGUGUUGGGAUUGCAAAGCACCAUACAAAGUUGUCCAUUUAAAAAACAUACCUGCUGUAAAAAAUGUUAGUUUGUUCUAUGUAUACAUGCACUCUCAAUGACUAUAUGUAUUCUGUCUUUUAUCCAUGUUCAACGUGUAUCAAAACAACUUUAGUUAAAUCGUGUUACAAAUGAACAGUAUUAGUCCUUGUAAAACAGAACUUUCUCUGCAACGCUGGUUUGAGGAUAUGUCCUUACUGUGUAGUUGGUAUAGUGGAGAUGAUUGUGUCAUGGAGAUAAUGUUCAUGCCUCCCCCACCUCUUGAUGAUGAAUACAUAUCUGUAGCCUUGAUAAUGAGAAAACUUGAAAAACUAGGAUUUAUCCAUUACAAAACACCAACUGAAUGUUUGACGCUAUAAAUCAUGGACAUAUGUUAUGCAGUCAGGUUCUUCUUCUUUGAUGUGCUGCAUUAGAACAUUACAAUUUGUUUUGACUUUUUUAUUGUGUAAUAUGUUUCCUGGCAAAUAAAAACUACUGUAAAAAGGGA